AUGGUAUCUAGCGAAGAAGAAGCAGAAGUAAAAGCUGGUAAUAUACUGCAAUGGGACGUCGAUAUGGAAAUACAAUUAUUUUAUGCAAUGGCGAACCACAAGCCGGUAGGGAUAAAUAAACAUUUUCAUAUGGCAUGCAUUUGGGAGAAGCUUUCUAACUCGAUCACCAAAGAAAUAUCCACUCAAGAUAUAUGGAAACAUUUAGGGGAUCUCUAUGAUUUAACGCUGCUAGAAGACACAGAGCCAAUACCGUUUCCAAACCAUGAAGUUCCGUUCAGUUUACCCGACAGUGAAUUUGGUUCACUAAUGAAGCAGAAAUGCAAAGAUUCCAUAUUAGCAGACGACAGUGAAGAUGGGAGGAGCCCUUCACCUAAGCCUUCGACACCUAGAAGCAGUUCUAGGGGCACUGCAUCUAAAGAUAGUACACCUAAAGGCAGCCGUAAGGACAGUGUGAGUGCCCUCACUACUAAAACCCGUAAAGAGAGUGGCAGCUCUUAUGCAUCCACAGACACACCUAGCAUCAAGUCUGAAAAGGACUAUGACCGUCGAAGAGAUUCGAGAGAUUCAAACGCGUCUGGCCCCCGUGACAGCUCAAGUAGCAGAAAAUCUACAUCACAGAGAGAUAAAAUGCCAAAAUCGAAAACUACUUCUGUUGCUGCUUGGGAGUCUCCCUUGAUUGAUGAAGAUGGAGGAUCUCGCCGUGGGCGCAGGCGAGCGAACACAUCCACACCGCCUGCUACUAUACCAGCGAAGCGUAGGCGUACCUGA